AUGCAGGAUGGAUUUCACCAUUCCAAGGCAGAACUUGGUUGUUUCCAAGACCCGGACGAGGCUUAUCGACGUAGAGGAGCACCUUACACGUUUAAUGCCGAAGCAUUCUUGGUUGCAGUCCUGGCUCUCAAAUCAGCAAAAGUAACGACAGUACAUGAAUCCGGUCACGACAUCGCGUGGCCCGGCUUCGAUCACGCCAAGCAAGAUCCCAUACCAGACGCUAUACUUGUGCCUUCGACAACAAGGGUCAUCGUUCUAGAGGGCAACUACGUGUUGCUAAAUGACCCGCCAUGGAGCAAGAUAUCUGCUGUAGCCUCGGAGCGGUGGUUUGUGGAUGUACCGCGUGAGAUUGCCAAAGAGCGGCUCGUGCUGAGGCAUCUCGCGGCCGGUAUCGAGGAGUCUGUGGAUGCCGCCACUGCCAGGAUCGAGUACAAUGACUUACGGAAUGGUGAUUACAUUUUUGAUCAUUCUAUUCCAGCGGAUGUAGUGAUAGCGAACUAUUGA